AAUUUAUUCCUAGGAAAUCCAUUAAGACUUCUAUAAAUGAUUCACCAACCUCAAGAACAAAUGGAGAUAGAAUUGAACAAUUUGAGAAAGCAAAAAGAUCGUCAUUGACACGUUAUGAAGCUUUAAUUAACGAAGUUCAAUGUGAUCUUUUUCUCCCUCCAGAUCCGGAGUACGAGAGAAUACGAGACCAAACAGAAGAAUAUUAUGAAGCAAGAUAUUCAGAAUUCAGUGUUGAACAAUCUUUGGAAUUGAUUCGUAAGAUUGUUAAACAGUCCUCUCAAACACAACAACAACCUGAUGUUCCACAGCAGCAACAGCCACAAUUGCCACCGCGCGAAGAAUCUAAAAGUAUACAGCAUUAUACAGCACAACCACCACAUUCGUCAUGGAAUUCGGAUAGUGCAAUUCCGUCAUUAAAAGAUUUGCACUAUGAAAUUUGA